AUGAAGGAUGGAAUAAAAUCCGCUUUUGUUACAGGAGCUUCGUCGGGUAUCGGAUAUAGUACUGCCAUCGUAUUAGCAAGUAGAGGGUAUAGAGUUUUUGCUGGUGCAAGAAGAUUAGAAGCUAUGGAACCCUUGAAAUCCCACGGUAUCACUAUAUUGAAAUUAGAUGUUACUUCGAUGGAAAGUAUUACAGCUGCCAAGGAUCUUAUUGAGGAAGAGACCAAAGGGUGUUUAGACAUUCUUUUUAAUAACGCCGGUGUACCUUGCAGAGCCCCUGCAUUUGAUCUUGAAGAGGAAUGGUUUCGCUUUUGCUUUGAGGUAAACGUAUUCGGGCCUAUGAGAACCGUCAAGGUAUUUCAUCCAUUGCUAAUCAAAUCUAAAGGACUAAUUGCAUUUACUGGAUCUACUGCUGGAUUGGUGCCCCUUCCAUUUAAUACUGUAUAUUCAUCAUCAAAAGGUGCCAUCCAGUCUUAUGCAAAUUCAUUGGCGCUCGAAGUACAACCCUUUGGAAUCAAAGUGAUAAAUUUUAUAGCUGGUGCGGUCGAUACAGAUCUAGGUACAAAUGAUGCUCACGCCAUACCAGAAUCAUCUGUAUUUAUCAUUAAUGGUGAAAAUGUUUAUGAAAAUGGCAAAGUUCUCAAAAAUUUAAAGAAAAUAACUCCUGAAGCCUUUGCAAAGAAAGCUGUUAACGAUAUCGAAAAAAAUUUGUCUAGUACACAUAAGAACUUUUGGAUGUCCUACAGAGGAAAAGGUGCUAGCUUUGUUAAGCUUCUUGUCUCAUAUUUUCCUCGUUCUUUCUUAGUUUACGCCAUCGUUAAAUCUUUAAAGUUAAAGGAUACAUUUACUAAAAUAAAACGGAAGUAUGCUUAG